AUGGAUAAACAAGGUAAAAUACAGUCCAGAAAAAUAGACCAAUUGGUUUCACGUGAAAUGCUUGCUGAAGCUAUCAUUAAGCAUGAUUUUUCGUAUUCUUUUGUUGAAUAUGAUGGAAUUAGAGCUUGGGCAAAUUAUGCAAGUCCAGAAUUAAUAAUGCCAUCUAGGAACACUUCUGUUGUGGAUGUCCAGAAAGUGUAUUUCAAAGAGAAGGAAAAGUUAAGACAAGUCUUAGCUAAGAUUCCGAAUCGCGUUUGCUUAACUUUUUAUUGCUGGAAAAAAGGUACUUCUGAGGGGUAUCUUUAUUUAAUUGCUUCAUAUGUUGAUGACAAUUGGAAGUUAGUUAGUAAGAUUUUGAAUUUUUGUCGUAUGAUUUCUCCUCACACAGGAGUAGAAUUGGCUGCAACUAUAUAUGAUUGCUUGAAAGAAUGGGGCAUUGAUAAGAAGGUGUUCUCUAUCACUUUGGAAAAUGCGACUAAUAAUGAUAGCAUGCAAAAUAUUUUAAAAGGGCAUCUUAGUUUGCAACAAAGUUUAUUAUGUGAUGGUGAGUACUUUCAUGUGCGUUGUUCUGCCCAUAUUCUGAAUUUAAUUGUUCAAGAGGGUUUGAAAGCAGCUAAUGAUGCUUUGUUUAGAGUUAGAGAAAGUGUGAAGUACGUCAAAGGAUCAGAUGCUAGAAUGAGAAAGUUUGAGCAAUGUGUUAAGCAAGUGGGAAUUAGUACAAAUUUGGGUUUACGUUUAGACGUGGCUACCAGAUGGAACUCAACAUACUUGAUGCUUGAGAGUGCACUACAGUAUGAAAAAGAUUUUUCCAGUCUACAGUUGGUUGAUAGAAAUUACUCUCAUUGUCCUACAUCUGAUCAUUGGAGAAGGGUAGAAAAAAUAUGUGAAUUCUUGGAACCUUUUCAUGAAAUAACUAACUUGAUUUCUGGUUCAAGUUAUCCGACCUCCAACUUGUACUUUAUGCAAGUUUGGAAAAUUGAAUGCAUGCUGAUGGAGAAGGCACAUAAUCCAGAUGGAAUUAUUAAGGAAAUGGCUUCAAGAAUGUCCAAGAAGUUUGAUAAAUAUUGGAGUAAAUAUAGUGUAGUGCUUGCCUUUGGAGCAAUCCUUGAUCCUCGCUUCAAGUUGCAACUUUUAAGGUAUUGCUACUCUAAGGUAGAUGAUGCUUCUGCACAAGAGAAGGUUGAAACUAUGAAAAAAAAAUUGUACAAGCUCUAUGAAUAUUAUGCAAUUAGUCAAAUUGGAGCAACUACUUCUACUAUUUUGUGUAAACCAACUCAAGAAAGAAGCCGAUCCAAUCAAAAGGAAUCCAGAUUAUUUGAUGAAUUUAAAAUGUUCGAGAGUGAACCUUUUUGCAAUGCUGGAAAGUCAGAAUUGGACCUUUAUUUGGAGGAACAGAAGCUGGAUUAUGAGAAAUUUCAUGGGAUGGAUGUUAUUAAGUAUUGGAAGGAAAAUGAAAGGAAAUAUCUCGACCUUUCAGUGAUGGCACGUGAUGUACUCAGUGUUCCAAUUACUACCGUAGCAUCAGAAUCAAUGUUUAGUAUUGGUGGUCGUGUUGUUACUAAGUACAGAAGUUGUAUCCAUCAUGAGAAUGUCCAAACUCUUGUUACUACAAGAAAUUGGUUGCAUGGAUUUACUUGGCCUAAUGCUGAUGAAGAUGAAGCUGUUAAGGAAACGAUACCUCAUGUUGAUUCAGAUGUGAUCGAUGGUUCUGGUCCUUCUGGAUAUGUUACAGCUGCAAGUUGA